AUGUCGCUCCUUAACAACCAAGACUUUACCAUCUACCAGCUACGCGCCGGCUACCUGCACCACGUCAAGGACGGCGUUGGCGAGCGUCUCAUCACCCUCAAUACCAAUGUCCUGAACAACCCUGCCUUUCGUGCUGCUGGCUGGCAACCCAAUCCCCAGGACAUCAAUCGCACAUACUCUCCUCCCAUCCCCACCGCCGUCGCUUCCGAAUACUUUCAAGCUCCACAACGCUCCCUCGCGCCCGCCUACGCUUUGCAAGAUGAUGACGAAGAAGGAGGAAUGGUCACUGGCCAAGGCAGUCAAGAUACUAUCGCUGUAAACACACACAACAAGAGGCGGCGACGGAAAGAGCAGCUGGAAGAGGAAGACAGCAGUGAUUUGAGCGACGACAGCGACGAUGAAGACGACAAGAGUGCCAUCUCUCAGAUCAAGUUCAGCAAGAUGCCUGUCCGUCAGAGAGCUGGUUCUUCUCCUACACACACUACAAGAGAAGGAGAAGAUGUCCCUCCACAUAACGCCUCGCCUUCGAAACUCGCUGCCCAGGAGACGGCAAGACGCGGCUCACUACCCUCUGUUUCCUUCUUCAAACAACGUCCAAGGAGAGAUACCGCUACAAGCAGCGAGUUCUCGUCCGAGAACGAGACGGAUCCCGUCACUUUCCGUAAACAGAGGGUUCAGCAUCGCGCUGCCAAGCAUGGCCAGAUGAUUCAGGACCGAAUCCAGGAAGAAGGAGAAGACCUCGAGUCUGACAUUGAUCUCGGCGAGGCCUCUGACAUAUCCGAUGACUUUGCUGGAACUGCCGGUUCAGAGUCUUUGCUGGGCAUGGGCGCUCCCUUGAUUACUGUCGACACACUGGAGUCGACCCCUGGAGACGUUCCUAGCAUGCCGCCUGCUAUCACCCCUCAUACUUCAGCAUCGCCCAAACGCAUGAAGCAAAUGGCUCCUCCUCCGGAAUUACCGAGGCUUCCUGCAGGUCGUCCAAUCAGUUAUGUUCAGCCUGUCAGUCUGUUGUCCAAGGCCUUGAAGCAUACAUCACAAAAGGCUGGUAACCCUCUACAACAAUUUGCCCAGCUCUCCGGCAAAGGUGAAUCGACUCCUCUCUGGAUCAAAAUUUAUGCUCCUUUCUCAAAGAAAGCUUCAUCUCCCAUACAGGUUCCUAUACGAAAGAAUGCAAAGGAAGGUGUACCAACCAUUGUUGCUGAGCUCAUCGGGCUCAGUCUGUGGCGAUAUGCUGAGGAGAAAAUUGAGCCGCCAUUAGAAGGCAACGAUCUGGACGUGAACCGUUGGACUUUGCGCAUGGUUGAAGACGAAGAGGUCGACUACGACUUCCCAGCCCUGACUCGGACGAAACCUCUUGGAGACUUUACCUCGAACAAUAAUCGGCCACCUCGAGCGAGAGCAAGAGAUAAGCCUUGGGAUGAGUUUGGUCUCGUGAGAGCGACUGAAGAGCAAUAUAAAGAGAACGAGGAAUCCACGCCACAGUUCAGCGAGCCUAGUGGUCUGGCUCCUUCGAGUACACCCAUCCCAGAUACUUCACGCACAGCAACACCGCAGCCUCCCAACAUGCAGAGGACCUUGUCCGAUGUUCCAACUCUGGCACCACCCGCAGCACCUACGUAUAUCCCCAACGUCAACCCUAUCACGCCAUCCUUUGCCCCGAUGGCCAGGAAGAACUCGAGUAUACCUCUGAUGGAUGCACCAGCUGCUCCUGCUCCUCGGUCCACCCCCAGGACGGGCUCAUCAAAGACAGUCACCAUACACUACACAGAUCCGCACUCGUUCCAGACGACUCUUUUACCUAUCCCAACCACCUCUGACACCUAUCUGGCUGAGCUAUUCACCACGGCAUGCCAAAGGCUGAACAUUGACAAAGCUCUCUAUGUCCUCAAGGUGCGCGGUACGCAGACUGUUGCACCAGAGGAUCGAACAGUAGAAGCGCUUGGCCAAAGAUUGGCACUCGACCUUGUCCGGCGUCGCUUCGUCGGUGUAGGCGAUGGCCGUGGUAUGGUGAGCGCAGUAGGCAGCCCAGGCAGUGAGAGUCCCAACGCACCACUGCUUCUCGAGACCGCCACAAACACAAAAGCCAAAACGCGGAAGCCUUUCAUGGGCUUGCAAAGUGCAAAAUCUACCAACGACAUCAAUGCGACCGCACUCUGGGGUCUUGCUGGUGGAGCAGGGAAACGCUAUCUCGUCAUCCGCCGCCAGCCUCUAUCUUUUGCUCCCUCGCACCCAAGGAUCCUCGCACUCGAUGCAGAGUUCAUGCACGUCAUGCCUGCUUCAUCUACAGAUCCACUCAACGCCAAUGCUGACCCAGCGAUGGCACCUCCAGGCGGCAAAACAACAAGCGUCCAUCUCAGCAGUGUGGUUGGCUGCAAAGUCAGCAGGAAGCAUCCCAAGGUUGUGCGCGUGCUUGUCUACCGCGAGAAGGAAACCAAGCGGUAUGAUUUUGAGGCUUCGACGAGGGAAGAAGCGCAGGAGAUUGCUACGGAGAUCAAUAAAGGGAUGUUGAGAUUCCGAGACGAGGAAGAGUGA